UUGGGUUGAGGUCAGGUGAUUGUGGAGUAGGGGUGGGCGAUAUAUCAAUAAUUAUCGAGGUAAUUACUUCCCUCAAUUUGAUAAUGUUUAGAUGCAUUUUCGAUAAUGUCAAUAUAUAAUAAUUAGGUACAGCAGUCCAUUUCACCUUUGUGACGCAGUAGGAGCGUGGGGAGAAGUGACAAUGUGUAGAGGUAUACGCCACUAAAAACCACUUUGCACCUCGAUGGAGUAGCUAUUAUUAACCACGAAAAAUGAGUGAUGUAAGCGGAAACAGUGGCAGUGAUAACCAUGGAGGAGGAGCAGCUUCCAACAAAGAAAUUAUUGAUUAAAAAGGGUUAAACUGUUUCAGUUAUUUGGAUGUGGUUUGGCUUUUUGAAGUCCGACAAAGAGCAGAGCAAUGUUCGGUGCAAACUGUGCCAUAGACAGGUGGCUACCAAGUCUGUUAAUAUGACAAACCUUCACCUUCUGAAACAAAAUCACUCUUUAGAACAUGCAACAAAGUUUGGGUUUGGGUCACUGUAUUGAUAAACGCCCCUCAAGCACCAGCCAAUCUAGGGGUGUUUGCCCGAAGCAGCCAACACUGACUGACAGCGUUUAUGCCCUACGAGCAAACAUCGAAAAGACACAAAGACAUCACAAAGGCUAUUAUGCAUUGUAUUGCUAAGGACAUGCUACCAUUUAGCACAAUCGAAAAGGAAGGUUUCAAGAGGCUUAUCAAUUUAAUUAACACCAGGUACAUGCUCCCUGACAGCAAGCAUUUCUCUGCCUAAACUCUGCACCGAGUGCAGGGAAACAAUUGAGGAACCGCUCAAGACAGAUUUUUUACGUAUUUUGCUACUACUGUGGUCUAGUUGCAGAGCCUUAUUAGCCUCACUGUCCACUAUAUUGAUAAAGAGUGGAGUCUUCAAAAGAAAUGCCUUCAAACAUCAUACUUUCCCGACGACCACACGGGUAAAGCUAUAGCAGAGGGGCUCAUUGAAGCUCUCGCCUCCUGGGGACUCAGUUAAGACAGACCAGUCUGCAUUACAACAGAUAGAGGUGCGAACGUGGUGAAGGACGCUCAAAUCCACAAAUGGACCCGACUGCAAUGUUUUGGACAUCGUCUGCACUUGGCCAUUGGUAAGUAACCUUGUUAAUUGGGGAUUAUUUAUGUAAUUGGGUAGAUGAAACUAAAUGUUUUUUUUCUUCCUUUUUCCAUCAACUGAUUUAAGUUAAAUAUUUUGAUUUAACAUUUUAGGUGCCUUUUCCUAUUCAUGGAAAAAGAAGAGAGACCUGGCAGUUGCUCAAAAAGAACACGACCUACCCCUGCAUAAGUUGGUUACAGUCGCCUACCAGCAUGGGAAGGACUUUGAGGCGAUCCAGACGAACAUAGCUUUGAAGCAUAAGAAGAAGGGGAAGCCAGCCAGCAUGGUGAAGAACAAAGAGCAAGUCCGACACUUCUACUACCGCACCUGGCACAAGAUCUCCAAGCACAUCGACUUCGCCAACGUGUACUCCCGUGUGCUGAAGAAGUCUUCUCAGGAGCUGUAUGGUCUCAUCUGCUACGCUGAACUCAGGAAGAAGGUUGGAGGAUUGAUGGACGAUAAGAACGUGGCCAAGCUUAACGAGCUCAUCCAACAGGGGGCCACCACGGUGCGUUCUAAAGGCAGGAACCUACGCAUCAAAGCUCCCAUGUGCCGUGCGCUCAAGAGGCUAUGUGACCCAGAUGGAGUGAGUGAUGAAGAAGACCAGAAACCUGUGCGUCUACCUCUGAAGGUUGCCGUGGAGCUGCAGCCGCGUAGCAACCACUCCUGGGCCCGUGUUCAGAGUCUUGCCCAUAAUCCCCGCCUCAGGAUGGUGGUGGAGCUACAUAGGAAGGUGUCCAGCCUGAUUGAGUUCCUGAAACAAAAGUGGGCCGUCCAGGACCAGCGGAUCCUGAAGAGCCUGCAGGAGCGCGAGGCGUUAGGGGGAACCCAGCAGCACAGUGGUAGCGGCAGCCCUGCUCUCCCCUGUAGAGAAGACAAGGAGGACCUGUUCCUAUACCCAGCUGAGACCAGCACCUUGACCCCCCUGCCCAGCGUAGCCCGUGUGGUUCACUCCAAGGCCUCCUGCACUGUCCACUGGCAGGAGAGUGGCAAGCCCCGGCCCGGCCCCAAGGAGUUAAUCCCCACCGCCCAGAUUCUGGGCAUCCAGGGGGCCCCGCUCCUCCUCCCCCGGGGGGGCGUGGCCAAACCUGGACGUGGUGGUGGGGAUGCUCGGCGUGUUGGGGGUGAGACCCCCAUAUCCACACCUGAAGGAGGAACGUUGGGAGGGGGAGCAGGGCCAGAGCACAAGAAUCUGAACCAGAUAACAUCUCCUGUACCUCCACUUCCUCCUCCUUCGUCUUCGCUGCUGUUGUCUAUGACUCAGAAACAGGAGGGUGGUGUAGCCGCGGGGCAGGUGGAACAGGAGAAGGGGCUGGGGAUAGGACCAGGGGAAGGGGAGGCCUUGGGGGCGAAGGGAGGAGAUGGGGACUCCAUUUCUCAGGACCAGGGGGGUAGUUCUUGCUCUGCAACUGUUCCGUACAGGCUUGAAGAGCGGACCACAGGGGUUAAUGGCAGUGACAGUGCCUCUCCAGAGAGGAACUCCCUCCCCCUGUUGGACCCCCUGGUUCCCACCACACCUCCACCGGCACUGCGACAGGUGGAGGACGUCCCUCCAGACCAGGGGCAGGGGAGCGCAGCAGCCCCAGGAAAGGAAGAGUCUGGUGGGGUUGGUGGUGGUGGAGGAGGAAGCAGCACACCAACCCUGGUGUCCUGUGGUCGGUCGGCCCAGCGGAUCUGUGAUGAGGGCUGGAGCUCGCGCGGGUCAGACAGCAACGUGACUCUGGCAGAGCUGUACCUGAUGCUGGGGAAACCUGGGAAACUGCAGCUGGAGUACGAGUGGCAGCCGGCUGCUGUUGCAGUCCCGGAGAUGGGGGACGAGGGGCUACAGGGACCAGGGCAGACAUGCCCACAGCUACAGUCACCACGCCCCCUGCCCCCGCCCUCCACCCAUCGCGUCCUGCGCUGUCUGCUCCGGCUGGUGUCAUCAGAGGUCAAUCCCAAACCUGCCCCAGAGCUGUGCUCCACAGCCACGUCUCCGGUAAAGCCAUCCCAGGAGGAACAGUCCCUCACCCCCCCAGGCAAGGCACCGGCUGUGGGGGUACGGAGCCCCAACUGUGGACGACCACAGCCCCUGGGGGUCCGAGCGACAAAGCUGAUGUUACCAAACACUGGGUCCUCCGGUCGUAACCUCCCGCGGUCUCUGCUGGUGUCUGGGGGGGACUCGGAUGGUGGGGUGUUUGCCGUUCCCACCACCCUGCCCCCCAACAGCUCCCGACACUCCCGCAUGUUCUCUCCCAACAAGGAGGCCGAGCUCGCCUUCCGACAACAGCUCGACUCAAUCAACAUGCAGUCAGACAUUUUCCUGCCGAAACAAAGGAAAAACCGAAGCCGGCCACUUCGAAAGCCCCUCGUGGUCCAGAGAACUCUGCUCCCCCGCACCACUGGAGACACUCCUCAACACGUCUGCUCCUUCUCCAUCCUCUCCAACUCAUCUGCCACAGGAACAGGCUCCUUCCGGCCAAUCCAGCCCCGUCUCUCUCCCUCCACCCGUCCCCUACUCCCCAGAACUCCGCCUAUUACCUCUGGCCCUGGGAUGUCCAGUCAGCUCUCCAGUGCCAUUGACCUGGCAGCCAAGUCAGCAGGCAUCAUCCCAGGCAGCCCCUGUCGAGAGCUGGAGGCCCCCAGUCCAGACGGAAGGCCCAUCUCAACCUCUCACCCUGGAGUGGUGUAUGCUGGUCCUCCCCAGCCACAGCUCCUCCAGCAGGCCUCUGAGGUUUCGCUGCAGAACGGCCUCCCCCCUCCGUCUCCAGGAGUAGCAGGUGACUCUCUCCUCUCCCCGCCCAGCGUGGCUUCUCUGCUGGACAUCUCUCUCCCGGGACCCCCAGAGGAAGCGAUGGCUCCUGGAGGGCCACAAACACACAUCAGUGACUCAAUCAUUGAGCUGGCCAUCAACUCUGCACACUACGGUGAUGAGGCAUCCCUCUCUCCUGCCAAGCUGAAUGGUAGUGAGUGCUCUAAGCUCCUACCCUGUACCUCAGUCAGCCCCUCCAGAGGCUGGAUCCCUUCCCCCAGCCACGACCCUCAGUGGUACCCCAACGACUCCACUGACUCUUCAUUUGGCUGCCUGCUUUCGAGCCUGGUGUCCCCUGAUAAGGGCAGACGAAGCUCCCUGACUCCCUCUGGCCCCUCCAGUGGAACAGCCCUCCUCGGACCCAGAUUUCUGGACUGCAACUCCCAUGAUUCCUUUCAGUCCCGCGGCCUGCCAGACGUAGCGGAGGUAGACACCCAGCUGGCCUGCAUGAUGAGUGAGAGCAGCGUGGAUUACAUCGCCCGCUUCAACGAUUUGGCACAGGAGCUGGCUGUCACAGAGCCGCACCUCACACCCUCAUAAAUUUGAAAUAAUCUGGGGCAGGGUUUAGGAUCUGUCUGUCACAGAGUUGCCCCUCCCACUCCUUCAGAAGUGCAAGGAUUUUGGGGGUGGAGAGACACUCCUUCACCUAUAUAGUUUGUGAAAGAAAGUGCAAUAACCAAGGCCAUUGGCCUGAACAGAAGAAGCACUCAGAUCUACCUUGGCACAGUCCAACUGGAACAGGUUUAAACUCUUUGAUGGUUUCUUCUGGUUCUGAAGGCCUGUGGACCGGUUUUAACUGGUUCUGAUUGGUUUGGAAUCGAUUUCAACCGAUUCUGAUGGGUUCCAUCUGGCUUGUUUGUUUGGACCAUUCUGUCUGUUCUGCCUAGCGAGCCACCCUUUAAAAAAAAUAUAUAUAAAAAAAAAACUUAAAAUAUGAAUCCCGUUUACAAAACACAACCUCAUGUAAAGAAAAAAACAAUGCCAUAUAUGAACAAAAGACUGGGUCUGUCCUUGUCCUCUUGUCUCCCUCUUCCCUCUGAGAAAUAUCAAACCGAAGACAUUUGAAUGCAAAAUGUAAAUGUCAGACAAACUUGAAAAUAACUACUGAUGAACUUCUGAACUGCUGGUAGCAUGUCCUUCUCCGUCUUGUCAGUUUAAUACGUCCACGUGAACUAACACCACUUAAUAAUUUAAUCUGUUGAAACUGAACAAGCCAUAUGAGUGGAACUGAUAUGAAUUUGUAUCCCAGGCCAAGCAUUCGUGUCCCUCCCUCCAUAUCAAUGCAAAAAAGUUUGACACUCCACUUGAACAUCUACUCUAACUCACCCUGUGUUUUCUUCUCAACCAAUGCUUUGAAACUUCCUAAAAGCUCAUUUCAGUUUUCUGUAGCAAAGUGUUUUGUAACUUUGCGCCCUACUGAAUGCAACCCUUGUGUGCUUUUGUUUAACACCACACGGCACUCUAUCCUAUGAUGCCUGGUUGGUUGUCAGUCGAGGGGUGUGUUUGAGGUCCCCAGCUGACUAAAGGAUCAAUCAUAUUAUGUGGGUUUUUUGACACAGAAAUAUGGUCACGCUCCAGGAUGACUAAAUUGGAGAUGUUGCAUUGCAUCAACCAAUGUUUGUAUCAUCAACUAUGCAGUCUGGCAUCAGAUUACUACACUCGAGUUCCUGCCUGACUACAUUGCAGCAAAUGCCAGAAAUUAUGAAGCUUGUUUCCAGGACUAUCUGUGUCCAAAAUGGCACCCUAUUUCCUAUAUAGUGCGCUGCUUUUGACCAGAGCCUAUAAGGCCCAGGUCAAAAGGAGUGUAUGCUAUGUAGGGAAUAGGUUGCCAAUUCGGACACACCCAAUGCCUAGAUGUCAGCUAAGCAUUUUGAUAUGAGUAAUCACAUUGACACAAUGUUCAAAUACUAAAUGUCAUAUUUUUAUUUUUUAACACACUAAAAUAAAUGUUCAAGCUACAUAUGUGGAUUAUGUCUAAAGACUUCUGUAGCAGAUGUCUUUUAAAUUGGGGCAUGAAGUCCUUUCUCUUUGUGUAACUUUAAUCUAUAACAAUUCCAGUAUUCACUGCGCUUUUGUAACAUACUGUAAAUUAUUCUUAUUUGGACUAUUUAUUGUAAACCGGUUGAGAAACAAUUGUUUUAAAAUGAGCUAUGUAAUAUUUUUGCAUUGUAAUUUCAGAAAAAUACCAUAAUAUAUCAGCAGUAAUAUUGGAGUGUUUAACAAUGUUUAAUAAAAAAUGUAAAAAAUUGGGCCCAUACAAAAUUGGUUGUCAUUAGUUACUUUAGCCACAAAGUCAGAGUUAGUGUGAUAUUGUGCGUUUUAUGGUUCGCGGGCAAUGACCAAUCAGAUGAGGUGGUGUGCGUAUGCCAACCGGCUUGCGGGGGAGACGAGAGCCAUGCAUUUCUUUCAUCUAGUGUUCCAUCAAUGAUUCGUUUUUUUUAUUAGCUAUAAUAAAACCAACAAAAUGAAAAGGGUAA